CACCCCCCGGCCGGCCCGGACGAGGCGGGGGCGGGUGGCGAGCCCGUCUGGGGAGGGGGCGCUCCGUCAGCCUUUUCCGACCCGCUCCGGUUCCGUCCCCCGCGCGCGCCCCUCCCUCGGGGAAACCAGGGACCUCGACUUCCACCACCCCCACCCCCACCCCGCUGCGCCCCGGAGCCGGGCUGGAGACCGGAGGCACGUCCCCAUCCUCCGCGGGGCGAGGAGCCCGAGCCCGCGCCCCCGAGGGCGGGAAACUACAACUCCCGGCAUGCCCCGGGCGCCCCCGCGCCCCCCCCGCAGUUCCAUGCUGCUCCAUCCAGUUCAUUUAAAACAAAAGAGUUUGAGCGCUGGAAGGGGCUGGGCUCGACUGGGGGCCACUGGGCGCCGCUCCCGGACCGGGGCUCGGUGCGGGAGCCUGAGGGGGGCGUCUGGACGGCGGGGUCUAGAGCCGCCCGGGUCCGAGGCGGGAGGGGUGGGGGCAGAGAUCCCGCAGCCCCCCGCCCCCCGUCACCCCCGGAGCGGAGACGAGAGCGGCUUCCUCGGUUUUGCUUCUCUUUCCCCCCACCCCCACCCCGGGGGCUGGGGCGAGGGGAGUCGGGUUACAGGGUGUUUGGGGAGGGGGGCUUAGGGGGAGGGUCUAUCUUUCUAUCUCGCUUUCUUCCCCCCUCCCCAGUUCUUUGUUCCCCCCUCCCCACACGCCCCCCUCCUCUCCCCUCCCCUCCUCUCUCCUCUUUUCCCUUCCACCACCUCUCUCCCUCUCUCCCCCAGCUUUUGUUUCGCCAUGCCUAGUCUAGUGGUAUCUGGAAUAAUGGAAAGAAAUGGGGGCUUUGGAGAACUAGGAUGUUUCGGGGGAAGCGCUAAGGACCGAGGGCUGCUGGAAGACGAGCGCGCCCUUCAGCUGGCUCUCGAUCAACUCUGCCUCCUGGGUUUGGGGGAGCCCCCCGCCCCCACGGCGGGCGAGGACGGGGGAGGUGGGGGGGGCGGCGCCCCCGCGCAGCCGGCCGCCCCCCCGCAGCCGGCCCCGCCGCCGCCGCCCGCGGCGCCCCCGGCCGCCCCGCCGGCGGCCCCCGCGGCGCAGACGCCCCAGCCCCCCACCGCCCCCAAAGGGGCCAGCGACGCCAAGCUCUGCGCUCUCUACAAAGAGGCCGAGCUGCGCCUGAAGGGCAGCAGCAACACCACCGAGUGUGUCCCCGUGCCCACCUCCGAGCACGUGGCCGAGAUCGUGGGCAGGCAAGGCUGCAAGAUUAAGGCUCUGAGGGCCAAGACCAACACGUACAUCAAGACCCCGGUGCGCGGCGAAGAGCCCGUGUUCAUGGUGACCGGGCGGCGGGAGGACGUGGCCACAGCCCGACGGGAAAUCAUCUCGGCGGCCGAGCACUUCUCCAUGAUCCGCGCCUCCCGCAACAAGUCGGGCGCCGCCUUCGGCGUGGCGCCGGCCCUGCCGGGCCAGGUGACCAUUCGCGUGCGGGUGCCCUACCGCGUGGUGGGGCUGGUGGUGGGCCCCAAGGGGGCAACCAUCAAGCGCAUCCAGCAGCAGACCAACACGUACAUCAUCACGCCGAGCCGCGACCGCGACCCGGUGUUCGAGAUCACGGGCGCCCCGGGGAACGUGGAGCGCGCGCGCGAGGAGAUCGAGACGCACAUCGCGGUGCGCACGGGCAAGAUCCUCGAGUACAACAACGAGAACGACUUCCUGGCGGGGAGCCCCGACGCCGGCCUGGACAGCCGCUACUCCGAGGCCUGGCGGGUGCACCCGCCCGGCUGCAAGCCGCUCUCCACCUUCCGCCAGAACAGCCUGGGCUGCAUCGGCGAGUGCGCGGUGGACUCCGGCUUCGAGGCCCCGCGCCUGGGCGAGCAGGGCGGGGACUUCGGCUACGGCGGCUACCUGUUCCCGGGCUACGGCGUGGGCAAGCAGGACGUGUACUACGGCGUGGCCGAGACCAGCCCCCCGCUCUGGGCGGGCCAGGAGAACGCCACGCCCACCUCGGUGCUCUUCUCCUCCGCCUCCUCGUCGUCGUCGUCGUCCGCCAAGGCCCGCGCCGCGCCGCCGGGGGCGCACCGCUCGCCCGCCGCCUCCUCCGCGGGGCCCGAGCUGGCCGGACUGCCCAGACGCCCGCCCGGAGAGCCGCUGCAGGGCUUCUCCAAACUGGGGGGCGGCCUGCGGAGCCCCGGCGGCGGGCGGGACUGCAUGGUGUGCUUCGAGAGCGAGGUGACUGCCGCCCUCGUGCCCUGCGGACACAACCUGUUCUGCAUGGAGUGUGCAGUACGCAUCUGCGAGAGGACGGACCCGGAGUGUCCCGUCUGCCACAUCACGGCCACGCAAGCCAUCCGAAUAUUCUCCUAAGCCCCCUGCCCCAGGCCUCCUGCGUCCCUCCCCAGGGGCCCGCCCUGGAUCUGUUUUCCACCGGGGCCUUUUGGAAAUCAGUGGUCUGAGGGGCAAGGUGCUUAGAGAUACUCGCUCCGUGGGGAGGGGGAGGGGAGGCGAUGGUGGCUGAGGAGGGGUAGGCCACUUUCAGAGCCUCUGGUCACCCCAGUCCUGGAAUGGUGGGGAGGGGGCCAGGCAGGAGAUUUUACGAGAGUUACAACUCUGAUACCUCAACACACCCUUCAAUCUGGAAGCAGCUAAGAGAAACUUUUGUUUUGCCAGAGGUGACCGUUAAGGCACCCUGACCCCCUCUGUCCACCUCCCCAUCUGCAUCACACUGCCCCUCCCUCUGCGGAGGGGAUGGGGAAAGGGAGGGGGACAGGUUCCAUCUGUAUCUAGAGGUGCUCUUUCCAGUCCUCAAGCCCUCUCUGGCCCUGACCUUUGACCUCCCAACAUGACCCUUUAGACCCUCCACUGCCAUAUCCUGUUUGGGAAUCUGUUCCUGGGUUUCCAGUGGUACAAGGGGGUUGGGGCCCUUUCAGAAGUCUGCACAGAUAUUCCGGGCGGGGGGGUGGGGUGGGGGGAAGCAUGUCAAUCUAUAAAGGGCUCAGAGCUCAUCUCCCCGACAGAGCUGGGUGCAGGGGUCUGGAGAGAGAGCUCCUCUCUGCCCCUCCGGCUCCCCGCCCCCAUCUUCCCUCCAUUGGGCUCUCCCUUCCCUUUAAUGUUUCCACCGGCUCUCCUCUUUGCUUCCCCUUGAUGGCUGCCCUUCCCAGCCCUGUCCUCCUCCCCUCUCUUCCCUUCUCCCCCUCCCUCCUGCCCUUCUAGCCCAGCUUUGGGUUCACCACCUCCCCUGGGGAGAAAUAGGGGAGAAGAGCAUUUGGAUGGACCCCCCCCCCAUUUAAUUCCUCUUCUGGCAUUCGGAGGCCCUCCCCACUCCAAAGAAACACCUCUCAUUCUUGAUGGAAUGUAUCCCCAUUCUCAGUGACAAUUUGAGGAGGGAACGAAUACUGGGGUACAUCAAGGGUCGAACCCCCGCCUCUACCGUCUUUGGGCAUUGCAUUUGGGGAGCAGUUCUCGGGCUGGAUUUUCUAGCGGCCGGCAGUGGUAGAGAGCCAGGGUCGUGUGUGUGUCUGCUGUUCAAGGGGACAGGAAGGAGCCUGAGGCUGGUGGAUGGAAGGGCCCCCCCCUCCCCCUGCAGCUCCCACCCCUGUGCCCCUCUCUGGGCCUUACCCAAACCCCUAUCAGCAGGCGAAUCAUGAAGUCUGUCCCACCCAUUGUGGCUGAGGAGAGAGGCUGGGUCUUCAGAGAGAGCUCAGUCCCAGGCCGGUCGGGAUCGUGGUGCCGCAGGGCCCCAUAUUGCUAACAGGCCUUGCAUCCCCCCUCCACUGCUUCCCUGAGGCUCACUUGGGGCUGCCACCAGCCUGCCACCCUCCUGGUUCCGCUGGCCGGGCCAGGAGAGGGUGGGGGAUGGGAGUCCCAGGAGAUUCUUGUAUAUAGUGGGGUGGGACUCUUCCAAGUGAUCUCUGAGCACUUAGCUCGGGAAUCCCAUUCUAUCUGAUGGAGAGGGAGUGCAGGAAUGGAGGUACAGGGGGGAUUUCCUCCUCUCCUUCCUCCUGUUGUGAAUUAACUCACCUCUCCUCGGCCUACCCCUCCAGACCACCAGCCAGGGAGGGGAGAGGAAGGAGGUCACAGUCAGGAAAACUGGCCGCUGACAACUUCCCUCCUUCCCGCCAAUGUGAGCCAUCCUGAGAUGUCUGUACAAUAGAAACCAAACCAAAUGGGCACCCCCGGUCGCCGAGGGGGGGUGGGGAAGGGGGUGGGAAGAAGGGAUGUCUGUCUGUCGAUCCCCCUCCCCCUCUCCACCUCUUACCCACAAAGGCAGAAGACUGUUACUCUAGGGGGCUCGGAAAAUUCAAUCCCACCCUUACUAAUUGAGCCAAACCUAGAAACCAACGCAAAAACACAUAGUGAGAGACAAAACAGAGGAGAGAAAGCGUGAGAGGGAGCGAGAUAGGCGACCAACGCAAAGGAGAGAAAACAAAAAUAGCAAAAAAAAAAAAAAAAAAAAGCAGUUCUUUAUAAUUUAAUAUUCUAUUUUAAUAAAGGCGUUUAUUACCGUAUAAAUGUAGCAAAGAACCUGGGCUAAUAUGAAAAAAAAGACUUUUUAUUAGGUAAUUUAUUAUAUGAAAAGGAUAUUUUAUUUUAUGAUAAAGUGAUCCUUAAAAAAAUAAAAAAACUUUAGAAGGUUUAGAAUAUAUGUAGGGAGAGAAGAAGAAAAAAAAUACAUUUGUAUUCAGAGUUAAAUCUUAAAAAAAAAGUGUUUUUAAUAUAUGUUCGGGUUUACGUUCCUUUUUUCCCCCACUUUUUUUUGGGGAGGAAUGUCAUUUGCUUUUCGUGGGGAGCAUCCUGGGAUGCGUGGUGGAGACAGGGGCUGGGGGAACCUGGUCCUUCUGGGGCCCCACAAGUAGAUUGGAUUUCACUCCAUGGGCCCCCUCCCCGCUCCCCUCCCCCUCGGGGGAGCUGGCAGAGCCAAACAAAGAAAGGGAUUAACAAGAAAGGAAGACGCACUAGGACUGAGGAUCCUGGGCUGCCCCCCCCCCACUUCCCCUGCCCUGUCCCAGGGGCGAGUGAGGAGGGGGAAGUCCAGAGCUGAGGCCUUGCAGGCCUGCGGGAACCCUCAGAGAGGUACAAGAUUUAAGAGAGAUAGUUUUGUUUUGUUUUGUUUAACCAAAAAUGAGAGAGAGAGAGAGAGAGA